AUGUUUGAGAAUGUCAAGCAGACGUCGUUAUUGCUUUUCUUUUUCGCCGUUGCUUUCGUCUACUUGUCCCAUACCCUGAGGUCACCUACAGUGAACCUUGACUUCGUCUCUAUCAGCCAUUCUCGCGGGGACAUCAACCGUGCCCUCGAGUUCUGUGAUGCGCUGAAUGCACCCUUGGACACCGUCAAGGAUUUCUCGGACAGAAAGCGAUCCGACAGGUAUGAACACGGCACGAACGCGACGCUGAUCAGAAACGCCGUGAUUUGGACCGGGAGAGACAACGGAACGGAGAUUCUGCGUGGAAGUAUACUUCUCGACAAUGGAAUCGUUUGGCGCCUCGGAAGCGCGUAUGAACACCUUAUACGGGAUGACGACGACGUGACCAUCAUUGAUGCAAAUGGUGGGUGGGUAACGCCUGGUCUGGUUGAUAUUCAUUCCCAUGCCGGGAUCAUGAGUUCUCCGUUCACGUCAGGAACGAACAAUGCCGCGUCCCCCAAUGGUCCUAUCGUACCAUGGUUGCGAUCGGUAGACGGGUUCGAUACCCAUGAUGAAUCCUUCCGCCUGGCCGUGGCUGGGGGAGUGACGACCAUCCAGGUUACGCCUGCAAAUAACAACGCGAUGGGCGGCGAGGCGUUUAUGGCUAAGCUUCGGGGCACAUUAGACAAGACCCCCACGUCUAUGCUGAUCGAACCGCCAUGCGCGCUCAACGGGACCAAACCUUGUAAAGACUUCCGUUGGAGACAUUUGAAGUUGGCUUGUGGCGAAGAUCUAGGAUCCCAUGGCCACCGCAUGGAUAUGAUAUGGGCUCUGCGCGCGGCCCUCCACAAAGCGCGACAGCUCAAGACGGCUCAAGAAGCAUUCUGCUCAAAGGUCGAGGAAGGUGUUUGGGGAGGCGAGGAUUUCCCCGAUGAUUUACAAUGGCAAGUUCUCGUGGAUGCCUUACGUGGUGGCGUCAAGACGACGGUUCAUUGCCACGAAGUAGUGGACUUGGAUGCUAUCGUUCGCUUAUCGAACGAGUUCGGAUUCCCUAUCCACUCCUUCCAGGGCGCCUCGGAGGCGUAUCUUAUACCCAGCACGUUGAACAAUACAUGGCAAAGUGAGACUGUAAUCGCCCUCUCGGCGACACGCCAUCGAUCGAAGAGGGAAACUUAUCGAGGAUCAGAAUAUGCGCCUCGCAUUCUUGCGAAUGGUGGUAUUCCUGUCGCCUUCAAGUCAGAUCAUCCAUACUCGAACUCGAGGUACCUUCUCCAAGAGGCACAGAUGGCUCACUAUUAUGGACUACCAGAAAACCUCGCACUCCUCGCCGUCACUUCCAUUCCGGCCAACGCUGUGGGCCUAACCCAUCGUCUAGGAACACUCUUCGAAGGCGCAGAUGCUGAUGUAGUUCUCUGGGAUUCUCAUCCCCUCCGCUUAGGGGCUACCCCUCUGAACGUCUGGAUCGACGGGAUAGCACAGUUCGACGAGAAAGUCGCAGGUGGAGAACCCAAAGGAUCAGACAAGAACGUCCUUCCGGAUCCCCCUAACUGGGACAAGGAAACUCGAGAAGCACUGAGGUGGGACGGAUUACCGCCGUUGUUCCCAAGCAAAAUCAGCACCAAGGUGUCGUUCGGGCGUGUCAAGGAAGUGUGGACCAGGAGCAGAAGGGGCGAGAUAGAAGUCCUAUUCCCACCGUCCUAUCCUGUUGAGGAACGGCUGGCGAACGUUGUUGUCGAAAGCGGGAAGAUAAAGUGCAUAGGCACCGCACUAGCGUGCUUGGGCUCGCGAGAAGCAUCGGCCGAUAUCGAUCUGCACGGCGGUUCCAUUUCCCCCAGCUUCAUGAGCUAUGGAUCGGCGCUUGGGCUGGAGGAAAUUGCUUCGGAGCCGUCGACUGGGAAUGGUCUACUGUACGAUGCCUUCGUCCACGACAUACCUACCAUUUUGGGAGAUGCCGGUGGUGUUGUUCGGGCGAUGGAUGCGUUGGUUUUCAGCACUCGAAAUGCAUUGGUUGCUUACCGUUCGGGUGUCACUCUUGCAACGUCGUCGCCGAGGAAGAAUGUCUUCGCUGGACGAACUCCUGUUAUCGCGGGGGUUUCUGCUUCGUUCCGAACUGGCUUUCCGCAUGCCAUGGAGCAAGGCGCCAUUGUACAGACUGCCACAGCCCUUCACAUAUCCAUUGGAAGAGCCUCGCUAUUUUCCAGCACGGAUAGUGUAGCGGUUAGCGAACAGAUGGCUGGGAUCAGGCGCCUUCUGAUGGGCUGGGAAGACGAGAAAACGGAGACGGGCUUGUGGUUCAAACGUGCUUCGGAGGGUGUCAUUCCUUUGGUGAUAGAAGUGCACAGUGCUGAUAUCAUGGCGGCAUUAUUAAUUAUGAAGGCUGAUAUAGAAGACAGGAAGGGAUCGUACAUGAGGAUGGUCUUCUCUGGGGCGACCGAAGGACAUCUUCUGGCGAAAGAAAUCAGUCGCGCAGGCGUCGGCGUCAUCUUGACCCCGUCAAGACCGUUCCCAGCUGCUUGGGAGGACCGAAGGAUAUUGCCUGGCCCACCCAUAUCGAAUGAUACCGCCGUUCUUAAGCUCGUGGAAGCGGGUGUUAAUGUAGGAAUCGGUGUGGCAGAUGCCUGGGCCGCACGCAAUACACGAUUUGACGUUGCAUUGGUAGCUGCGGAGUCUCGGGGACGCAUCACCCUUCGUCAAGCGCAUGCUCUCGCAUCCACUAAUUUGGAGAAAUUGUUAGGAGUGUGGCCUGCUGACGAGGAACAUGGGGAUUUGGUUGUCUACGAUGGGGGAAGCGCGACAGAUCUUUCGAGCAAGGUGGUUGCUGUGAUUUCGCAACAACGGCACCACGUAGAACUUCUUUUCUGA